AUGGACGUUCUUCCAUCUACUACGCCGGCCAAUCAGGCUGUUCACAACUCCACAAAGAGAACUAUCGAGCUCUUCGGCUCCGACUAUCUCAUGGUUACUCCUUCAACCUCGGGAGAUGGCUCGAUAGGCCUUUCAUACCGACGAAAAGUAGAGUACGAUGAUGUCAAGGAACUCCCUCCUGCCCUUGCCGAGAAACAGGCCAAAGCAGCCGCAGCGCGCACGAAGCGUCCCAAGAUCCAACCCCAAGGCCAAGAAGAGAAAGGUCGCCAAUCAAUGGCGCUUGUGAAGGGGUCAUCCGGUGGCCCUUCCAACGCAGCCGGUGGAAAUCAGCCCAGGAGCCUCAUCCAGCGACCGUCGGCAACCCCGCAGCAGAGACCAGAAUGGCAUCCCCCGUGGAAGCUGAUGAGGGUAAUAUCAGGACAUCUAGGAUGGGUGCGGAGCUUGGCUGUUGAACCCAAUAACGAGUGGUUUGCUAGUGGCGCUGGAGAUCGGACUAUAAAAAUCUGGAAUCUGGCGACAGGAUCUCUCCGUCUGACGCUGACUGGCCAUAUUUCUACUGUCAGAGGUUUGGCUGUGUCUCCUCGCCAUCCAUAUCUCUUCUCUUGCGGCGAGGACAAGAUGGUCAAGUGCUGGGACCUGGAAACGAACAAGGUCAUUCGUCAUUAUCAUGGCCACUUGAGUGGCGUGUAUACUCUAGCUCUUCAUCCGAAACUUGAUGUUCUGGUCACCGGAGGCCGCGAUGCUGUCGCAAGAGUGUGGGACAUGCGGACACGGAGCAACAUCCACGUGUUAACGGGUCACAAAGGAACCGUUGCCGAUGUGAAAUGCCAGGAAGCCGAUCCCCAGGUCAUUUCAGCCUCUCUCGACGCGACAGUCCGUCUCUGGGACCUUGCUGCGGGAAAAACUAUGUGUGUGUUGACCCAUCACAAAAAGGGUGUUCGCAGUCUUGUAACCCACCCCAAGGAAUUUACUUUUGCCAGCGCCAGUACAGGCAGCAUCAAGCAAUGGAAAUGUCCGGAGGGAGCCUUUAUGCAGAAUUUUGAGGGUCACAACGCUAUCAUCAACUCCCUUGCGGUUAAUGAGGACAACGUGCUUUUCUCGGGAGGCGACAAUGGGUCAAUGUCGUUCUGGGACUGGAAGACUGGUUACCGGUUUCAGACCCUCGAGACUACGGCUCAGCCUGGAUCACUGGAUGCCGAGGCGGGUAUCAUGUCUGCGACAUUCGACCGGACUGGUCUGCGUCUAAUUACCGGUGAGGCCGAUAAGACGAUCAAGAUAUGGAAACCGGACGACCAAGCAACGCCAGAAACACAUCCACUAGACUGGAAGCCGACGCUGGGAAGACAGAGAUACUAA